AUGGCUCCUAAGACGGGUGCUAGCAACGCUUCUCGUCCCUCCCUCCAGCCGCCCGCCUCCGGAUAUCAGGACUUCCAGAGAAUGGCGCGCUCCCACCUCACUUUCGCUUUGAUUGCUGCCAGUCUUUCCUUGUUUUUCGCAUUCGAGCUUGUUUCCGUGUUUGGCGUCCCCACCGUCGACUUCUGGCACUGGAAAGCACCAGGCACCUUGCACGCCGGCGAAAAUGCUCAGACGCAUGUCUUGGAGCUGAAGGACGCCUCCGAGGCGGCUGCAGCUAGCGGAGAUGAGUACCUGAUCGGCGUCGGGAAGGCAGACAUCACCGGUCCGGUUGUCGAGCUCAACCUGAUGGGCUACGCCAACAGCAGCCAGAUCGGCACCGGCCUGCGGCAGCGCAUCUAUUCGCGCGCUUUCAUCGUCGCCAGCGUCGACAAUCCCGAUGAGCGUUUUGUCUACCUCGUGCUUGAUACCCAGUCCGGAGACCUUGCUAUUCGGAAUGGUAUACUCGAUGGCCUAGCAGGCUUGGGCGACAACUAUACUAUGUAUAGCCAGGCCAAUGUCGCUGUGACGGGCACACAUUCGCAUUCGGGUCCUGGAGCGUGGCUGAACUACCUGCUGCCACAGAUCACCAGUCUCGGAUUUGACAAGCAGAGCUACCAGGCCAUCGUCGAUGGAGCUUUGCUCUCGAUCCAACGUGCUCAAGAAAGCCUCACGACCGGCACGCUGAGCGUUGGUACCACGGAGAUUGCCGAUGCCAACAUCAAUCGCAGUCUUUGGGCCUACCUCGCGAACCCGGAGGAAGAACGCGCCAAAUACACGGACAGUGUGGACAAAACCUUGACGCUUCUGCGCUUCCAACGAGCGAGCGACGGCAAGAAUAUUGGCGUUCUGACUUGGUUCGCUGUCCACGGCACGUCUCUGCUCGGUAACCAGACGCUCAUUGCUGGUGACAACAAGGGGGUCGCCGCCUACCUCUUCGAGCGGGAGAUGGCCAGCAACGCCAACGCGGCUGAGGACUUCGUCGCUGGGUUUUCGCAAGCAAACGUCGGCGAUACGACGCCAAACGUCGAGGGUGCCUGGUGUGAGGACGGCAGCGGCGAAGAAUGCACGCUUGAGACCAGUACUUGUGGCGGCAAGAGCCAGCCGUGCCACGGCAGAGGACCGGCCUGGGGUCUGAACGACGGCGGUGCUAAGAGCUGCUACGAAAUCGGCCGCAGGCAGUAUGCAGGUGCUCUGGACCUCUACUCAUCCUUCGACUCCAGCAGUACCGCGAUCUCGGGCUCGAUUGCAUCUUUCCACUCUUUCCACGACAUGUCCAACUUCACGUUUGCUCUGUCCAACGGUAGUACCGUGCGGACUUGCUCGGCGGCCAUGGGCAACUCUUUCGCGGCUGGCACUACCGACGGUCCUGGUGCUUUCGACUUCACCCAAAAUGACACUGGAGCUCCAAACAACCCGUUUUGGAACGCUGUAGGUAGUCUCAUCCACAUACCCAGCGCCGAACAAAAAGAAUGCCAGCAGCCGAAGCCCAUCCUUCUUGAUGUCGGAGCUAGCACUGUGCCUUAUCAGUGGGCGCCGAACAUUGUCAACAUCCAGACUCUCCGUGUCGGCCAACUGUUCAUCAUCGUCAGCCCUGGCGAAGCAACUACCAUGUCCGGAAGGCGCUGGCGAGAGGCUGUGGCCAAUGAAGUCACUUCCUCGGACUUGUUGGCCAGUGAAGGCAGCCCAGAUCCCAUUGUGGUCCUUGGUGCACCAGCAAACACGUAUUCCCACUACAUUUCCACUCCCGAAGAAUACAGUGUCCAGCGCUACGAGGGUGCGUCGACUCUCUACGGACCGCACACGCUUGAUGCAUUCAUCAACCGUACCCUCACGUGGCUUCCAUAUCUUGCUCCCGGCGUAGAAGGCGCGCCGCCUGCCGGCCCCACUCCUCCUGAUCAUCGCAACAAAAGCCUGUCCUUCAUCAGUGGCGUCGUGUACGACUCGGCUGGCAUCGGCAAGAGUUUCGGAGAUGUUGUCACGGAUGUCGAGUCUACUUACUCCGCUGGCGAUAUCGUGAAGGCUGUCUUCGUCGGUGCCAACCCGCGGAACAAUCUACGUCUCGAGGGAACCUUCGCCGCCAUUGAAAAGCAGAACGGCGAUACUUGGACGCAGGUGCUGGAUGACAAAGACUGGGAAAUUGUGUACGAAUGGGCCCGAAAGUCGACAGUCAUCGGCACGAGCGAAGUCACCAUCACCUGGGAGACCAGUGAGGACACCACCACCGGGACGUACAGGAUCAGGUAUUACGGUGACUCGAAGGCCGUCGGUGGCGCCAUCACGGCAUUCAACGGUACCAGUGGAACGUUCACUAUCUCCUAA